CACUGCUUGCCUUGUCUGAAGUUUACACUCAAAUAUCCAAAAUGAGCUCCCUGGAUAAUGACAUCAACCAGCACUUCCAGGAUGCAAUUGAUGUGAUUCAACGACACUCUGACGAUCCGUAUUGUGAUACAGAGUAUAAGUACUUUGAGCCUCCAACGCGAUCGAGCAUAAUGUGCUGCUACCCCAUCACCCACCCUUUUGAUGUGCCAGGUCCAUAUGACUGGAAUGAGCAAACGUCAUGGCCUCAUGUUGUUCCUUACGACUCACUGGGUCCAUCUGUAACCAUGGACUACCACCAGUUCUACUCCAUCGCACCGCAACCGAGGAACGGCAAAGGUCGCAAGAAGCUGCGUCUUUAUGAGUACCUGCAUGAGGCUCUGGGCGAUCCCAACACAGCUGACUCCAUCCAGUGGACGGACCGUGGCAGCGGCACCUUCCACUUCAUCUCCAAGAACAAAGAGAAGUUGGCCGAGUGCUGGGGCAAGCGCAAGGGCAACCGCAAGACCAUGACCUAUCAGAAGAUGGCACGGGCGCUGCGCAACUACAGCCGAACGGGCGAGAUCGUAAAGGUGCGCCGCAAACUCACCUACCAGUUCAACCCGUCGAUCAUCCAGAGGCUUGGGGGCAUCAGUCACGUCACUCCCCCCGCCGGGCAUCCCGGGGCUGGCCACCCUGGGCGGGAGGUGCUCCUCCACCAGCAGCAUGCCCCAGCUGAACAGGCUUACUAUGGCUCUGCUGCUGCACCUGACUGGCACAGCUGGUAUGGACAUUACUCCCUCCAGGGAGACUGUGAUCUUGCCACAACCUUCACUUCAUCCACAGUCACCAAGGCGUGAACUCAGGUAAUAUCACUGUGGAAAAUAACAGAGGUUAAAAGCUGCUUUAGCUAGCUGUCAAUUCAUACGGCUACUCCUGCAUACUUUUGUGGGGGCCAACAACUGGGGCUUGUUAUGCAGCCAUUGUGUUAUGGGUGUCAGGAAACGUAACAGUCACGGUAAAGAAAAUUUAAAAAUGUUUACUCUCCAUUAGUUAUGCCAUUUAAAAUAAAAUGUAAUGACCAUUGAUCAGGUAUUGUGGAUCAUUGAAUAUGUAAAUAUUGAAAAUAUAUAUUUUUUAAAUUCCUAUGAGAACUGUCAACCAGUUAUAAGCAUUCGGUGUGGGUACUGUACAUGUAAAGGGAAAUAACUAAAAUGUUGGUUUGAAAUAUGAACAUGUAUUACUGCAUGUCAUUUUGUAAAUAAUGAAUUUAAA